AUGAAGCCUCUCGUGCUCAGGGAUAUUGACUUGACAAAGUGUACGACACCGCAGCUCAUUGAGCGAUGUCGGCACGAGGUGCGAACGCAGCCAGCAUUCAAGGCGUAUCGGAAUGUCGUGGCUGACUUGGAUACUAUCAAACUUUAUACACAGGCACAUGGGGCCAAGACGACGAACUUGAUCAUCAACCUUGAUCAUCCUGAAUGGAUAUUUGAUAGUGCUAGUGACGCGUCACUCGCUUCGUUGGGAGUCCAGAACGAGACGGAGCUGAGCCUAUUUCAUCGACCAGCUUACGAGGCAUUCUUACAACAUCCUGAGACGCGCUGGGACUAG